AUGGCACCGGCCGGAGGCCCCGGGGCCAAAAAGGGUAUUUUGGAACGUCUGGAGAAUGGGGAGGUUGUGGUUGGAGACGGCAGCUUUCUCCUAACUCUGGAGAAGAGGGGCUACGUGAAGGCGGGGCUCUGGACUCCAGAAGCGGUGGUGGAAUAUCCCAAUGCAGUUCGUCAACUUCACAUGGAAUUCUUGAGAGCAGGAUCAAAUGUCAUGCAGACUUUCACCUUUUCUGCCAGUGAGGACAAUAUGGACAGCAAGUGGGAAGAUGUGAACGCCGCUGCCUGUGACCUUGCCAGGGAAGUGGCUGGAAAAGGUGACGCUUUGGUGGCAGGAGGGAUCUGCCAGACAUCGGCGUACACACACCACAAGGAUGAAGCUAGAGUUAAACAACUCUUUCAACGCCAGCUAGAUGUUUUUGCCAGGAAAAAUGUGGACUUCUUGAUUGCCGAGUAUUUUGAGCAUGCUGAAGAAGUGUGGGCUGUGGAAGUCUUAAAAGCGUUGGGUAAACCUGCCAGGUGCAUAGGCCCAGACGGAGACAUGCAUGGCGUAUCACCUGGAGAAUGUGCCAUUAAGCUGGUGAAGGCAGGGGCUGCGAUUGUGGGCGUGAACUGCCGAUUUGGACCCAGCACCAGCUUGAAGACGAUGAAACUCACGAAGGCGGGCCUACAGGCUGCAGGGUCGAAGGCGCAUCUGAUGGUGCAGUCCCUAGGCUUCCAUACACCGGACUGUGGCAAAGGAGGGUUUGUGGAUCUCCCAGAAUAUCCCUUUGGACUGGAGCCCAGAGCUGCAACCAGAUGGGAUAUUCAGAAAUAUGCCAGAGAGGCCUACAAACUCGGGGUCAGGUACAUUGGCGGGUGCUGUGGAUUUGAACCCUACCACAUCAGGGUGAUUGCAGAGGAGCUGGCCCCAGAAAGGGGCUUUUGGCCUCCUGCUUCUGACAAACAUGGGAGUUGGGGAAGCAGUCUCAAUAUGCACACCAAGCCCUGGAUUAGAGCCAGGCAAAAGACCAAAAGUGUAAGGGAGUUAACAUCUGCAAAGCAACCCUCAAUCGGUGCCAAACAGGUCCAGUGGAUUCAUGCUCCAGAAUCCUGUCCUUCCAAGCAGAGAAGUCCAAUAGAUAUUCUGAAUGAUUACCAGGAGGUGCUACAGAAGAGGCAAUGCAACCCCACUGCCUAA